CAUCACUUUUGACUCUCGACUUUCCGCGGUCACACCACGUCAUUUACGCACGCUGCAACCACUCGUGCACCACAGACCGCACAACUAAAAUAUUAUAUAGUGUAAUAUUAUUAUUAUAUAAUAUUGUACCGGAACGUUCGAACACCGCACGAGUCAUCCAACGAAGCUGAACAAACGGGAUAUCGAUUUCGAAUCCGUCAGAUCUUUCGCGUCUAAGUCCAAAACUUCGUCCACGACCGUUUGCAAAUCGCUCGACGGUCACUGCAAAUAAUAAUUUUCAUACUCUUAAACUCCGUCUCCACGACUUCCAUCACCACCAUGCGCACCCUGUUGUUGUUGGCCGUGUUCAUGUUGUGCGCGUGCAUUGCCGUCGGUCAGGUGAACUUCACGCCAACGUGGGGCCAGGGCAAGAGGAACGCGCCCGCAUCGGACGAGUGCAAGUCCAUGGACACGCUCAUCUACAUCUACAAGCUGGUCCAGAAUGAAGCGCAACGGAUUGCAAUGUGCGAACGUAUGUCCGUCACGAAUUGAACAGCCACUGUUGCAGGAGAUGACCGACACCAUUACACCAUACGCCAGCCAUAGAUCUUUAACAACAGGACUGUACCUUAUACCAUGACACUCUGUCAGCUGCAGUGUUAUAUUUUUACUUUUAGUCACAUUAUUAAGAUGGUAAUAAUUAUAAUAAAAUAAUAAUAAUAAUUACAAUAAUAUAAAAUUCAACCGUUUGCAAUUUAUUAUUAUAUCCACCAAACCACAAUAUAUUAUUUCCCACAAGCCACUGUGUUGUUUAUUUUCGAUAUGUUUUAGACGAUAUUUUAGUUUUUUUGUUAAUAAUUUAUUCAAAAUGCAUUGCUUUCACUAUAUUAAAAAAGAACCACCACAUUCACUGCACAUCGUU